GAGGCCACCAACAAUAUAUAUAAAACCUUAAAUAGUCCUAACUCUCUUAACAGAAUUCCUUCGGAUUAUGGGUUUCGGUCAUAGAUCGUUUGUUGGUGUCGUCGGACCAGGCUUCAUUCCCCCCAAUUUUCGUACCCCUUUCAAUGGAUCUUGCUGAUGAGCUUGGGGAUUUCAGAUUUGUUUAAUUUGCCCCAAAAGAAAAUUGUUUUCUUGUUUUGACUUAUUAGCAGCUAAUUCAGUGAUUUAAUUUAGACUCUCUUCAACUCUUUGCUUUAUUUUUGUUGUCAGGUAAAAAGUAAAAGAAAAAAAAAACGGAGUAUGAAGAAGCUAAGGCGGUGUGGACACUUGCAGAUUGGCGUAAUGAUGAUGGGUUUUGACUUACUUUUGCAGAAAAGGGUAAAAAGUUUCAUAAUUGCUCUCUUUGUGGUGUAGUCUUCAUUUCCAAAUCUUUUGUAAAUUAGGGUUUCAUUUUUCCCUUCACAUGUUAUGAAAAAAACAUCACACCCACAUACCUCAGCAAAUCUAUGAAUUGUAACUUCUCCAAAUAAAUGUAUUAGAUCAGAUUCAUCAGAUCUGCAGAGAAAUAUAAUCACCAUUUCAAAUUUCUUUCAUGGAAAUAAAACCUUGAUUUUGACCGGUUAGGCCCGGUUUCUUGCGAGAUCUGCAAUUUCUGUUUUGGGAUAUUGUUGCAGAGGUGGGAGAUUAGAUAAGAUCUGGACUGUGCACAAGGUGAAGCAUGUAUCCACAUACACAACAAGUACACGACUUAACAUAUUUCAUCCAUUUUCGCUAAAUUGUUUAUAGUAACUAUUGUCAAAUUAUUUUUAUAUUUCUUUGCAUAUUUUGUGCACUCCAUAAAAUAUUUUUAUUUUACCUAAAAUGUCUAAAAUACCUUCAAAACAAUUUCUAUCUGCGAUAAACUACAUAACGAGAUGUAUUUUAGAUAUUUUAGGUGGAAGUAAAAAUAUUUUAUGGGAUGCGUAAAAAAUUGGGGUGGAAGUGUUUGCAAAAACGAGAAGAGUACAUAUAAGUGUUAAAUACCUAGUAUGUACGGAGCAAAUUUUUUACACUGAUAUUCAAAUAAAAUGUUUUAAAAGUAAAAUCAGUAAAACAUAAUGCAAAGAAAUCAAUGGAACGAAGGGCGUACAUGUAAAUAGUGCUCUUUAAAGCUUCUUUUUCCUUGGACAAAAGUAUGAUUUUAAUGUUUGAUACUUCCUCCGUUCCUUAAAAAGUUCUCGUUUUGACUUUUUGAGGAUUUUAGGAGAGUGUAUUUUGGUGUUGACUUUCCAAAAAUGUUCUUUGACGUGAUGAAUAAAGUAGGAUGUGAUAUAUAGAUUAAUAGAGAAAAAGUGUGAUGUAAUAGAUAUGUUAAGAAUUAAUAGAGCUAAAAUGAUUUUAUUCAGAUAUAUUAGUUAUUUUAAAUAAAAAAGGAAUUAUUUUGGUGAGAGCGAAGUAAAUGAAAGAAGAAGAAUUUUUACUGAAUAGAGUUUUUUAAAAUUUAAAAUUAUUAUUUGAUGUUAAUAAGAUCCACCAAUAGUAGAGUUAUGAAUUUUGUGAACCUUCUCUUGACUUAUGACUUGAAGCUAGCAAGGGUGCAUGUGAACAAAAUGAUUCUCACUCAGCUCCACAGUACUGUUUGAAGAAGAAAUUAAAAGGGUAAAAAUGGGAUGAGAAGAGGGAAAUGUUGAUCGGUGACAAGUUGAGAUGUAGAAGCAACAACAAAGGGAACCCUAUAGCUAUGGGCUAAGCUAAGCUAUAAUCGGAGUAAAAGGAAGGGGGAGGGAUAUCAUUUCUCAAUGAUGCGUGCAUGGAUGGGAUGAGCUGCUGCUGCGGGUAGCCAGGGUUCUCUCUCUCGGCUGUGAGUGUUUUAGCCGGCACUUCAACGCCGAUCGAUUGAGCUUUUCCAUCCGAUCAAGUUUGAUGGAAUCUAUGACACACACAUACAGGGAUGGCCUUCCAAUUGAAGAACUUCUUAGGCUCAAUAUGGAGGAAUCAGAGGGGCAAUUGAAUUUUACAGAAGAUCUCGAGGAACCAGAGGCCAAUGCUACAGGGAGCGAUCAAUUCUGCCUGGUAGGGAGACUCCUUACAGACAAACAAUUCAACGGACGUAUAUUCAGGGAGAUGGUGGCCCAGGUAUGGCGACCAGUAAUGGGGGUCGCUGUGAGGGAAUUGGGAAAUAAUGUAUUUAUGUUUAAGUUCUUUCACAAACGGGAUCAGGAUAGGGUGCUAGAAGCAGGCCCAUGGAAUUUUUCUCAAAAUAUUCUGAUCUUGAGGAAGUUAGAAAUUGGGGAAAAUCCAAGACAGGUCGAACUAACGAAGGUGGAUAUAUGGAUGCGUAUUUAUGAUAUGGGAGCAGGGUUACGUUCGGAACGAGUUCUACGGGAUGUGGGGAAUGCCAUUGGUGAAUUCGUGCAAGGAGACCCAAAUAAUUUUACCAGCGCCUGGCGUGACUAUAUGCGUAUCCGGAUCCGGAUGGAUGUUAGGAAGCCCCUCAAACGCCUUAUGAAAAUAAAGCUGCCACGAGAAGGGGAGCAUACGAUUACCUUCAAAUAUGAGAGACUGGGGGUGUUCUGUUACUUUUGUGGGGUUUUGGGACACACGGAUAAAUUCUGCGAUAAGGCAUACAACUUGCCAGAGGUCACACGAGAGCAGCUACUGUUUGGGCCAUGGUUGAAGGCAGAGCAUCGACCUGUGACUACCAAUGCGGCUAGGUGGCUUCGGACGGAGGAGGGACAUUUUUUUGGCAAGGAGCCUAUGCCAGCUGGUGUGAGGUAUAACAACGAGUCUUGCAGCAGCAGUUAUGAGGGAGAGGGGCAUACCUUCAGUGCGCAAGGGGAGGAGAUUGGGAAAUCAAUCAAUGAGGAGGAGAGGGGGGCAGAUCAUGGAGAUAUGCAGAUGACCCUUUCUGAUUCUAAGAAACGAAGGCUGCAAGCAGGCAGGAUUAAUGUGGUAAAUGAAGCGGACAAUUCAAAAAAUGUAUUUGGGGCGGGUUCUGGUUGCCAGACCCGCCACGCAUCAUGAGCACCUUGGUUUGGAAUUGUCGUGGGCUUGGGAACCCACAGACAAUUUCAGAAUUAAAAGACAUGAUUAUGUCUAAGCAGCCCAAAAUUGUUUUCUUGCAAGAGACUAAGGUGGAUAGGGGGGUGAUGGAGCAGGUGAAAAAUCAAGUGGGUUUUGAGGAGAUGUGUGUGGUGGAUGCAGCAGGGUUUAGCAGAGGCCUUGCGAUGCUUUGGAAAAAGGAAGGUAUGUGCUCAAUUUUGAGUACUCAUCGACAUUUUAUCGACAUCAGAGUUACCCUUCCCGGGAUUACUCCGUAUCGGUUCACGGGCUUCUAUGGUUUCCCGUCUUCAAGUCAGCGGCGUGCCUCGUGGGAGCUCGUGAAGUCCUUGAGGGACCUCUCGCCACUGCCGUGGUGUGUGGCAGGGGACUUCAAUGAUAUUCUUUCAUAUGGUGAUAAAAUGGGCAGAAUCCAGCAACCUCAAUGGCAGAUUGAUGGGUUUCGAGAAGUAGUUAUCUAUUGUAGUCUACAUGAUUUAGGCUACGUGGGGAACCACUUCACAUGGGAAAGGGGUCGUGACACUCCAAACUGGGUGUGUGAACGCCUGGACAGGGGGAUGGGGACAGAGUCAUGGCUGCGUUUGUUUGAUAAGGUGGAAGUGCUCCAUAUUGAAAUUGUGAGCAGUGAUCAUUCUGCUCUUUUCCUAACACUUAGAUCGAUGACCAUCUCAUAUGCACCGAAACCAUUUCGUUUCGAAAAUGCUUGGCUUAAGGAGAUUGAUGUCAAGGAGGCAGUGACUAUGGAGUGGGAGAUCGGAAUGGGAUGUCCUAUUUCAGACAGGAUCUUGAGAUGUGGGGAGUAUUUACAGCAAUGGGGGAGGCAAAAACAUGCGGUGUUUAGAGACAAACUUCGAAAAAGUAAGCAGCAAAUGGCAAAGUAUCGAAAUAGUCAUGAUGCCGAGCAUCGAUACCUGUAUCGGUGUGCCCAGGAGGCAUACAAGCAAGUGUUGGAACAGCAAGAUUUGUAUUGGAAACAAAGAGCGAAGCAGUACUGGCUAAAGAUGAGCAUGGGAACUGGAGAACAACUAAGGAUGGACUUUACCCUCUUAUAUUGCAGUACUUCUCAGUGCUAUUCCAAUCUAGUCAAGAAGAUAUGACAAACAUUUUAGAAGCUGUUGAGCGGCGGGUUACGGAUCCCCAAAAUGUGAUACUUCGGAGAGAGGUGACCAAGGAGGAGGUGCGCACAGCGGUGUUCAGCAUGCAUCCGGAUAAAGCUCCCGGGCCAGAUGGUUUAAACCCAGGUUUUUUCCAAGCCUUUUGGAGUAUUGUUGGGGAUGAUAUUGCGCAAGCUGUGCUAGAGUGUUUAAACAAGGGAAAACCAGCACCGGGAGGAAAUGAAACAAAUAUUGUUUUGAUACCAAAGAAGAAGAACCCGGAGACCAUGGGUGAUGUGCGGCCAAUCUCCCUUUGUAAUGUUAUCGAUCGGAUUACGCGU